CGGUACGGAUGAAUUGUAUCAGCCUACUUCCUGGGUAUUUUACGCCCUCCAGUUUCUCGACAAAUUUAAGCAACCAGUCAACGCCAAUGUACAGCAGGUAAAUGUGGACACUCAUGAUGGAACAGACAGUGAAGUACAAGGAGAACAAUUCCCAACACCAGCAGCCCCUACCGCAUCACGAUCAUCAAUUCUUCCACCACCGCCACCCAAGAAACGACGUGUACUUGGACCAACUGCGAAACAAAAUGAGCUUCUACAGAAAGCUUGUUCAUCUCUGGACCAACCGAAGGAACCCCAAGAAAAUAUCCCGACUAUUACCAAGGCUUGGGGCGAGAAACUGAAUACACUGGAUCCUCAGCAAAGAGCUUUAGCUGAGAAAGCUAUCAGUGAUAUUAUUUUUGAGGUGAGUCAAGGCACCCUGCACAGAUAUUCUGUGGAAAUCAACGAGUAUCCCGUGUACGGGACCAUUUCAUCACUAACCUCCUUCCCCAUCACUUCACUCCUUUUUUUCUGCGGAUACAUACCUUUUCUUGUCCCUCACCAGCUGAAGAACAAGAAGAUGCAUUGCCUACAUUCUUUACAAACUUUAAACCCUAAUUAUGAUCCUAUAUGUUGUUCUGUAACAGUUUCAUUUCUACUUUCAUGUUUUAUUAGUCACAUGCUUUUAAAUAUAAUUUUUAUGUGUUUCAUUGUUCAAGAUACUGCAUUAUAA